ACACAUCCAAUCAGAGGCUCAGGGCGGGAUGUUUGAAUUUUGUCGAGGCUCGGGUCGCAGGCGUUUCUUCUUCGGAGACGGCGGCGGUCUUCCAGACCGAGAGGGUUCCUUUAUUUUUAGUUUGCUUGAGGUUUCACGCUAGAAGCUGCUUCAGGAUGUCUUCAUCACAUUUUGCCAGUCGACACAGAAAGGAUUUAAGUACUGACAUGAUUAGAACGAAAAUUGCUCAUAGGAAAUCACUGUCUCAGAAAGAAAACAGACAUAAGGAAUAUGAACGAAAUAGACACUUUGGAUUGAAAGAUGUCAACAUUCCUACCUUGGAAGGUAGAAUUCUUCUUGAAUUAGAUGAGACAUCUCAAAAAUUUGUUCCAGAAAAACCCAGUGUCAAGCCAAGGUCAGUGAAAACUGUUCUAAGUGAUCAACGAAAGCAAAUGCUCCAAAAAUACAAAGAAGAAAAACAACUUCAAAAAUUGAAAGAGCAGAGAGAGAAAGCUAAAAGAGGAGUAUUUAGAAUGGGUCUUUAUAGACCUGAUAUGCCUUACUUUCUUUUAUCAAAUGAGACUACUAUGAAAACUGAGCCAAAAAAGGCUGUUUCAUCUUCUGUACGGAUUACAAGGUCGAAGGCCAAAAACCAAAUGGAGCAGAUUGAGAUUGAUAAUAGGAAUGAUAUUCGAGCAAUCCCACCUGGUCAAAGACAAACUUCUGAAAAAGUGUUGGACCAAGAAAAAAAAGUUGGUCAGCCUGUAAUGCCUACGUCUGUGAGAAUGACUCGAUCGGCUACUCAAGCAGCAAGGCAAAUUGCCAGACCAGUCUCAUCCAUUACAGGAAGAAAACCAGUCACAAGAGCUACUAAUGAUAAUGAAGCAGAAAGAAAGGCACCAAAUCAAGGAAGACCUGCCAAAAAGUUAGAAGCAAAGCCUGACAAGGUCAUUUCUUUUAAAGUUGAUAGUGAAGAAAAUACUUUACAUUCUCAAACCAGUACAAUAAAUGGAAUGGAUCCAAAUGGAGUCUUAUCAAAAAUGGAAAACUUACCUAAGACAAAUACCGCAAAAAUGAAAGGGAAGAAUUCCUUUGCUCCUAAAGAUUUUAUGUUUCAGCCAGUGGAUGGUCUGGAAACCUAUCAAGUAACACCUAUGACUCCCAGAAGUGCUGAUGCUUUCUUGACACCCAGUUAUACCUGGACCCCUUUAAAAACAGAAGUUGAUAAAACUCAAGAAGCAAUAAAAGACAUUGUGGCACAAAAAUGUAAAGCUUACUCUACCAAGACAGUACAUCAAGAUUCAGAUAAACUACAGUGUCCUUUGGGUUCUCUAACAAUUUGGGAUAAAGAACAUGUCUUAAAUAAAAAUGAAACUACUAGUGAAAAUUCAAAUGACCUUCCAAAAAAAGAAGUCCUAUCACUUGGAAUCAAUAAAGAUCAGCUAUCUCAGCCACAACAUGAUGUGCCAUAUUUCAGAAAUAUACUCCAGUCAGAAACUGAGAAAUUAACUUCACACUGCCUUGAGUGGGACAGGAAGCUUGAAUUGGACAUUCCAGAUGAUGCUAAAGAUCUUAUUCGCACAGCAGUUGGUCAAACAAGACUCCUUAUGAAAGAGAGGUUCAAACAGUUUGUAGGACUGGUGGACAAUUGUGAAUAUAAACGAGGUGAAAAGGAGACUACCUGUACAGAUCUGGAUGGAUUUUGGGAUAUGAUUAGUUUUCAGGUAGAAGAUGUAAACCAAAAAUUCAACAAUCUGACCAAACUUGAGGAAUCUGGAUGGCAAAACCAUAAUAAUACGAACAAAAAAGUCUUUCGGAAAAAAGUUGUCUCAGGUAUAGCAAGUAAACCCAAACAGGACGAUGAUGGAAGAAUUGCAGCUAGAAAUCGUCUAGCUGCCAUAAAAAGUGCAAUGAGAGAAAGAAUUAAGCAGGGAGAACAUGCCGAGGCAGCAGCCUCUGUAAUGCCAAAGGAAGUUGAUAAAAUAGUGUUUGAUGCUGGAUUUUUCAGAGUUGAAAGUCCUGUUAAAUCAUUCUCAGGACUCUCUGUCUCUUCUGAACAUCUUUCUCAAACAUUUAGAACACCUAAGUCUGUCAGCAAAGCUGUGUCUGAGAGCAGGGCUGAGAUAGGCCCUCUAAGACAAAUUAUGUCACCACAGAAUCCUGAUCCUCAGUGUACUGAAAGUGAACAGGUUGAUAAGAAGACUUUGCUUUCAAAUAUUCCUGGAAGAAGGAACACCAUAGUAGAAGAUGCUCAGUGUUCUUUAUCACAAGAUGUAAUCGAAGUAAAUCAUAAUGCAUGUAAGAUAAACUUUGAGAUUGGUUGUUUACCCAGUAAAAUGAGUUUGCAUCUACUUGCUGCUGAAGUGGCAGAGGAUAUUACUGCUAACAAAAAGGAAGAAAUUUCAGAUGCUGUGGAAGGAAUGGAAUUAAAUUCUUCAUUUACAGCACAGGAUGUUCUGAUGAACAGCCCUGAAAAAAAUAUACCAUCACAAAAUAUCUCACAGGAAGAAGAAACUAUAAUUUCUCAGUCAGUACCAUUUGAUAAUAAAAGUGUCACUACUGAAUGCCAUCUUCUUGAUUCACCAAGCCUAAACUUCAGUAAUACGUUCACUCGGGUGGAGAGAAGACAUCAAGAAUAUGCCAGACACAUUUCCUUUGGUGGUAAUCUGAUUACGUUUUCACCUCUACGGCCCCUCACUGGAGCACAACCAGAAGAACUUUGAAUUUAAAAGUAGACUCAAACAUGUUCCUUCAUAUUAUCAAUGCUGUGAUAAUAUCCUUAGAAUAUUGAAAAGCUGAGGAAUAUGUAUUUGUGUUCACUUUACCCAGUCCACUUGUGUGGUGCAUGUUUUAAUAUUCAGUGUUCAUCAAAGUGUGUUUUAGAUAUGAUACUGUUUAUCAAGGGAAGUGGGGAUAUUUUGUACAUUAACCAUGCAGAAUAAAAAAUGUGGUGUGCCUUGCC